AUGUCAGGACCCGGUUCUCCGUGUGGUGCCUGUAAAGUAUUAAGAAGAAAAUGUACCAAAUCAUGCGUUUUCGCCCCUUACUUCUGCCAUGAAGAAGGACCUACUAAUUUUGCAGCUAUCCAUAAAGUUUUUGGUGCUAGUAAUGCCUCAAAACUUCUGGCCCAGCUUCCGGUUAGUGACCAUUAUGGGGCUGUCGAUACACUUUUAUAUGAAGCUCAAGUUAGGCUUCAAGAUCCUAUUUAUGGCUGUGUAUCCUACAGUUUUUCCCUCCAACAGCAGGUCCUCGAUCUUCAAUUUCAUCUACCUUUAUUAGAGGAAUUACUAUUUGCAAACUCUUAUACAAAUCCUCUCAAUAUCUAUGGUUGGAAUGGUUAG